UUUUAUUGAAUCUAGGUUGUAGAAAUGGAAGAGGUUGAGUGGAUAUUGUGCUUGUUACAUUUCAAGGAGUUAAAGUUCCUCGGAAUUUUCGCUUGUUGGAAGAACUUGAAGAAGGACAGAAAGGAGUAGGUGAUGGUACGGUUAGCUGGGGCCUUGAAGAUGAUGAAGACAUGACACUUACAAGGUGGACAGGCAUGAUUAUUGGGCCACCAAGGAUAAUCUGAUCUGCAUUCAAAUUGGAGAACCACGAAAAAGAUUCUCUCUUGAGAACUGUUUGAUUUCGCUCAAUUUUAUAUAGCACCAAAUUGCUGGGUGUAUGACUGUUAGCUGUCAAAUUUGGACAAACUAUGAAAACAGAAUAUAUAGCCUGAAAGUAGAAUGUGGAUCUAAAUACCCAGAAGCUCCUCCAUCAGUUAGAUUUGUAACAAAAAUUAAUAUGAAUGGAAUCAAUAAUUCUAGUGGAAUGGUGGAUGCACGAAGCAUACCAGUUUUAGCAAAAUGGCAAAAUUCCUAUAGCAUUAAAGUUGUACUCCAAGAGCUAAGACGUCUAAUGAUGUCCAAAGAAAAUAUGAAGCUUCCACAGCCACCGGAAGGACAGACGUACAACAACUGAUUUUAGUGGAUCUCAAACUUGUCUUAAAUCAACAACCUUCUACUCAUGUUAAUGUCAUGAUUAAAUAUCACCAUGCAAAAUACCCACACAUUAAGUAAAAGAAUUCCAGCUGGUAAACAUGACCUGGACAAUUGUAAGAAUAUAUUUAAUAUAUGUACACCUAUUAUGUUUUCAGGUAACAAGAAAAGUGCAGCACAAUUUUUCUUUCUCUUCUUAAAGCACUGUCAUUUAAACAUGAGCCUGAAGUAUUCAAAAUUGAAUUCAGGUUUUCAAGACAAAAGCAUGACAAAGGAGUGUCAGAUGGCAGUGAAAACCUUUGUCUCAAGAAGGAAGAACAGAACUGGCAUGCUUUAUCCAUCAUCCUUAGACCACAGUGAACUGUUUAAAGUAGCAGGUAUAAUGAGUAGUCACAAUUGUGUUCACUCUUGAAGCAGUGCGGGUGUGGGUGCUGACUGCUAUAGCAUCAAAAAUAGCUUCAGGAUUGUUUUGAUACCUGUAUUUAUAAUAAAAAGAUGUUUAGGGGGUAUUGAUGAAUCUCUGUUAAAAGCUGUUCCCGUUUGUUACAUGUAACAGACAUGAUAAAUAUUUGUUUACAGUCUUUGUUUAAUAAAACAUGCUUAGAAGUUUUAAGUGAAGUCAACAAAAAAGAAAUAGGUGUAUGGAUAUGUGAUUUUGGGAUUAAAGUUAGUCUUGAAAUGUAAAUAAAAUACGGAAUGUGUCCUCAGA